AUGGCUUCUCGCCGCCUCUUGCUUUCGUCGCCAUGGCGUCUAGUGUCGCCCUCCGGCCUCCACUCGACCAAGGAUUUUCAGGCGACUUUCCCUACCUCCACCGGUGGCAUACGGCACAGCUCCAACACCAGCAGUUCCACGUCCGCUAUCGCCUACAAGGCCCUUCGGCGUCGCCAGGCGCCUCUCCCGGUUAGCGAUGCGCCGCCAUCGUGGUCUGCGCAAGCUGCCGUCUCCAACAUCCUAUACGAGACCCCAACUCCGUCGCUAGCCCCAUCUACACGCCACAUUCUCAACUGCCUUGUCCAGAACGAGCCGGGUGUCCUCUCUCGUGUGUCCGGAAUCCUUGCCGCCCGUGGCUUCAACAUUGACUCCCUCGUUGUGUGCAGCACUGAGGUCGAGGACCUGUCGCGCAUGACGAUCGUGCUGACAGGCCAGGAUGGUGUAGUGGAGCAGGCGCGAAGGCAACUUGAAGACCUGGUCCCUGUCUGGGCUGUCCUGGACUAUACCAAUGCUGCCCUGGUUCAACGCGAACUACUUCUAGCCAAGGUCAAUAUUCUUGGGCCCGAAUACUUCGAGGAGUUGUUGGCUCACCACCGCGAGAUCACGGCCCCCGUUGAUGCCAACGGUGAGCAAGAUGGUGAGGCAUUUGAUGUGUCGCUUGCCAACGCCGGAGAGGAUUUCCACCCCAGUCGCCUCGCUGCAAGCGAGGCCCUUCGCCAUAAGCACGAGCAUCUGAAGAGCAUCACAUACUUUACUCACCAGUUCGGUGGCAAGGUAUUGGAUAUCAGCACCAACAGCUGCAUUGUUGAGGUGUAA